AUGGCUGUCACGAUCAGGGUACAUUUACCUUCCUUUCAAAGAUUCAUUAGGAUUGACGCCUCGGGUUUCCAGAAUGUCGAGUUUAUGAACAACCCAGCGCGCUUCUCGGAUGUAUACCGAUUUCGUGUCACCUUUGAAUGCAUGGCACCACUAGAAGAUGAUCUCGAGUGGAGGCUUAUUUUCGUAUCAUGUCCUGGCGACGAAGAGCUGGAUCAAGAACUCGAUGAUUGUCUUGUUGGUCCCGUUCCAAAGGGAGUCAACUCAUUCGAAUUUGAAGGCUGUGCGCCUGAUCCCUCGCGAAUACCCACGGAUGAUGUGCUCGGAGUGUCAGCUCUCAUCCUAACAGGAUCUUACAAAGACCAAGAAUUUGUGCGAGUGGGAUACUACCAGAAUACGGAAUACGACAAUGAAGAGAUGAACAUCACCCCACCCCCACAAAUUAUGUUUAAUCGCCUGGUGAGAGACAUUAGUACGAAACCUCGUGUGACAUCUUUCAGCAUCAAAUGGGAUGUUGCUCAACAGCCUGGUACUUCUGUAGCCCUUGGUGCUGCAACCUCUGCACCAGUACCCUCCGCGGACGAUAUCAGCAACGACGAUGAUAAAAUGGAAGUAGAAACCAAUGGCAAAUCAUAA